AUGAACACAGUUAAGAUGCGAAUAUUUUUCUCUGUUGUAUUCUUGUACUUUUUGAUCAUUCAGGCAACUUUUUCGGGUCACCUUGCGGCUUUUUUGACCAAACCUGUGUACAGAAAAAAUGUUGAGACUCUGGAAGAUCUAGAGGAUUCUCGUUACACUAAAAUUUACGCGCAUAAAAGCAGUAAACCCUACAUCAAAGGUACGUCAAUAUUCAACAAAACUAUAUUUCGAAGUAGUUGUGACGAUUACAUUAACGAUACAUCAGUCGCUUGCAUUUAUCAACAAAAAUCUUUAUUACAAUUAAUAUCUCGCUAUAAUUUGCACACCCCUAAAAAUUUCGUCAAAUUUAGCUACUUCAUACUAAGACUGUCUCACAAUUGGGCUUUGAGACAGCGCGUUAACAAUAUGCUUAUACGCUUAGCACAAUCUGGAAUUUCAGACUUUUGGAACAAAAAUGGGAGUGAAAUGAGCAGUAAAACGUCAAAAAUCAUCGAAUAUUCUAACAAAAACUAUCAUCGACCGAUUAAGCUGGAGGAUGUUAUGUUUGCAUUUGUUUUGCUUGGAAUCGGUUUAUUUUCUUCAAUCGUUAUGAUAAUUCAAAAUUUUGUGAUUGGGCAAAUUCAAGUUCCCGCUGAAGACAGUUUAGAUUUGUUCAACAACAUGAUGAAAUAUUUGUUCGAUAAUUGUAGAUCGGAAUUUGGGACCAUAGGAUUUUGGGGCAACGACAGAAUCUUCCUAGAAGACGAUGAAGCUGAUUUUGUUUUGCUGAAUGACAGUGAAAUUUUUAUAUACCCAUCGACCCGGAGAAUUGAAUUUCUAGUCGAGAUUUAUGAAGAAUUAAAUCAUCGCUCGCCAAUAAUAGAUUUGUUUAAAGCGAUGCCAACGCCGAAAAUAGAAACGUUAUUUAUUUUUGAGAAAAAUGGUCACAACCCUGCAACUGUGGUCGACGAAUUUACCCGGUACCAAACGAUGUUUCAUAAUUCUAAAGUUUAUUAUUCAGGUUCUCAGCUCUGUGGAAAUAUAUUCUUCGAUCGCACUGAAAAACUAAAUGGCUACACGAUCAAAGCAGCAGCAAAAAUAAAUUAUCAUGUGGAUCGAAUGCUUGUAAAAAUUGACGGAUUAAUCACUAAAGUCAAUAGCACUAAAGAGGUCAACUUCAUACUUGCUUUAAGAGAUGGACUAUUCAGCAAAGUAUUAAUAGACUAUUUGGACGUAUCAAUAGAGAUUUAUGGCUCGCCAAUUAAUGACUGCGUACGAACUUGGUACGCAAUGCUGAUAAAAGAGCUUGAUAUAUCGCUAACACCGCUCACUUGGACAGACCAUAAUAUAUACUUCCAUGUGUCAAAAUUCCUUUCUCUGACUUACCCAUUCCAUUCAUUCCAUGAGCAGAUAGUGACUCACAAUCGCGGGUUGACCUCACCUCUAGAGAAAAUGUUCGAGUUUUACGGAUGGGUGACCAUUAUCGCUACUCUUUUCAUACUUUUGAGUGUAUUCAUCGUUAUUUACCUAUCAAACAGUGCAACUUUUUCGGGACACCUUGCAGCUUUUUUGACCAAACCUGUGUACAGAAAAAAUGUUGAGACUCUGGAAGAUCUAGAAGAUCCUCGUUACACUAAAAUUUACGCACGUGAAGGAACUAUGGACUACUUAAAAAAUACAUCGUUAUACAAUAAAACUAUAUUUGAUGAUAAUAAUUGUGAAAAAUACAUCGAAGAUACAUCAGUCGCUUGCAUUGAUGAUCAAUCUCAUUUAGAACCGUUAAUAGCUACUUAUAAUUUCCACACCCCUAAAAAUUUCGUUAAACUAAGCUACGCUACACUGACAAUGGCUCACAACUCGGCUUUAAGACGCCGUAUUAACAAUAUGGUUGUGCGUUUGGCACAGUCUGGAAUUCUGGACGUUUGGAACAGAGCUUGGGAGGAAUUGUCUAAUAAAAAUGCAACAUAUCAUUUGAAAAAAAUGGAAGAUAUUGUUGAAAACUACCAUCGACCAAUUGAGCGAGGAGAUCUAUGUAUUAAUGUAAUCACGUAUCUCCAUAACAUAGUUACUGACAUACAAACUCAGGCUGAUAAUAGUGUUAUUCUGCGUGAAGUAGACGAUCGCAUGGCCAGAAGAAACAAUGCCCUUUUUUUAGGCAUUGGUGAAUCCCAAAAAUCUACUCCUAAUGAGCGUCAAGAGGAUGACCUUUCCAGAGUUCAGGGUAUUUGUGAUACUCUUGCUAAUAACGUCUCAAUCUCCUCCUGCUCAAGAUUGGAUUAUAAAUGGAUUGAUAAGAGCAAAGAAAGCCAAGAACUCUCUCUUGUCAGUGGAGAAUCUUUCGAUAGUUCACGACAGAACAAAUCUCCAAAGGAACGAACAAAAGAAACUACGUCAACAACUCCAAGAACGGACAGCUGCAGGGGAACAGAAUUUGAGGAUUGUUACUCGUACGAUAGACGUGAGGAGUUCAGGAGGUCGGGUAGAGGUGUGCUGAUUGCAAGUUGGAGUACGCUUAAUGCUAUACCUAUAAAAUUUGAUGAUUUACUAUUACUCUUCCCUCAGUUUGAAAUUGUGGGAGUAUUCUUUAUUAAUCUUGGUAUAAAAACUCAUCUAAUCAACAUCUAUAUCCCACCGGACCUGCAUGCACAUAUCUACUCUGACCUCCUUGAACGACUCUCGUCUCACUCGGCCAUGGAUGCUGGUGCGUUGGUGUUGCUGGGCGAUUUCAACUCGCCACAUUUUGUUGACUCUCCUGCUGGGGGCUUGGACACAAAGGCUGAUCUGUUAAUUAAUUUCUCUAUACUUAAUAACAUUACGCAAUAUAAUGAAGAAAAAAGUGAUAGGAACUCAAACCUGAUCACAGUAAGUGUAACUUUUGAAAUGAAAAAACUGAUCGCUUUAGUGUUGAUUCAAAAUUUUGUGAUUGGGCAAAUUCAAAUCCCACCUGAAGACGGCCUAGAUUUGUUCAACAACAUGAUGAGAUACUUGUUCGAUAAUUGUGGAUCGGAAUUUGGAACCAUAGGAUUUUGGGGCAACGACAGAAUUUUUCUGUCAAACGAUCAAGCUGACUUUGUUGUGCUGAAUGACAGUGAAGUGCUAUUACAUCCACCGACCCGAACGAUAAAAUUUCUCGUGAUGAUUCUCGACGAAUUAAAUCCAAAUAGGCCCGCUAUUUUUCUUUAUAAGGCAAUACCGACCCUUGCAAUAGAAACAGUUUUUGUCUUCGACAAACGUGGAUAUAACGAAGAUUCCAUGAACAAAAUAUUUUAUUGGUAUCAACUUUAUUUCGAAAAUUCAAAAGCUUACUAUUGCACCGAAACCGAAGGAAGGCUUGAGGUAUUAACUAUCAACGCUUUCACGAAUUUUACUUUGCAGUUAUGGAUCAAGAUCAAACAGUAUUAUUUCGGUAGCAACGAUAAUUAUGAACAUUGGACAGUUUUGAAAACCCAUUAUUAUAAAGGAGCUAAAUUUAAUUAUAGUUCCGAUGUCUGCAGAAAUCUAUUCUUUGACCGCACCAAAAUAUUGAAUGGCUAUAAAAUGAAAGGAGGGGUGAGAGUCGUUAAUAAUUUCGGGAAAAAAUUUAAAGUGGAAAAAUCGAUAAUUAGUAAAGACACCUUGAAGUCACCUCUAGUAUUCUUAGCAUUAGGAUUGCAACAAACUCGAUUAAUCAAAAUGUUAUUAAACUAUUUAAACAUCACUAUUAUUAUUAUAACUUACCAAAUGCCAGACAAUAGGGAAGCUGAUGUAAGCAACAAGUUAUCAUCUCGUUUCUGUGAUCUAUGCUUUACACCAAUUUCUCCAAUAGAGCACGAAGACAACCCUGAUUUUUACGCUUAUUUUCGAAUGUCAUACCCAAUUAAUUUUCUUUACGAUGUGAUAGUGACUCACAAUCGAGGACUAGAGUCUCCUUUGGAGAAAAUGUUCAAGUUUUACGGAUGGUUGACUAUUAUUGCCACGACGGCCAUAAUCUGGAUCACUUUCACUGUUAUUUAUUUAUCAAACAGUCAAAACAGUUCCAAAUUGUCUUUUGCAGUUUUCGAAUGUUUAAGAAUACUGCUAAGCAAUUCGAUUUACACGCGGAUGAACACCGCUAAGAUACGCAUAUUUUUUUCUGUAAUAUUUUUGUACUUUCUGAUCAUUCAGGCAACUUUUUCCGGUCAUCUUGCGGCUUUUUUGACCAAACCUGUGUACAAAAAAAAUGUCGAAACUCUUGAAGACCUAAAGGAUCCUCGUUACACUAAAAUUUACGCACGUAAAGGAACUGAAAGCUACUUUGACGACCCGGUGCCGUUCAACAAAACUCAAUUCGAUAUCAACGCAGACUGUGUGAAAUAUAUCUCCGAUAAAUCAGUUGCUUGUGUUGAUUACAAGAAUUAUCUGGAAUAUUUAAUACCUGAUCACAACUUGUACACUCCUAAGAAAAAUUUAAUGUCCAUCUACUCAUUACUGAUGAUGCGAGGUAACUGGCCUUUAAAGGACCGUGUUAAUAAUCUCGUCAUGUCGUUACAUCAUUCUGGAAUUAAGGACUUAUGGGAUAGAAUGGACAGGCGCAAUCUUAAUAAAGUGCUUAGAAAAUUUCAAGAUAAUGCUGAAAAUUAUAAUCGACCUAUUGAGAUUGGGGAUGUCAUGUUUGCGUUUGAUUUGCUUGGCGUCGGUCUUUUUUUUGCCAUUAUCUGCUUUAUAGUAGAAUGUAUAAUUAAAAAAUUUCCAAAAAUAACAACACAAUCACUGAAACGUUCGAAAAGAUAA